CUUUUCAAGCGCAUAAGGUUAACAAACAAAAAUUUUAAACAUUUAUUUUGUGCAAAUAUUCGAAUACGUUAUCCCCUUAAUGUUUAAUGUUAACACUUUGCCGGCCGCUUACUUCUCGCAUCGCCUUUACGUUGCCGCCGGCGAAUUUCUACUGCUCGCCGACGGUGAUAUUAAAGAAUGUCAAGAAAAGACAAUCGGGAUAGUUAAAACAGAAACAUAGUGGAAACAUUGUUGCCGCGCUGAACCGAAGUCACGCGUACGUGACAGCGGCCGGUAAAGUGUUAAAAUUGAAAUCAUGCUUGUCGCACAGUGAAUUGGUCUUGUGCAUCAAGAUUAUAGCAGAGCACGUUCUGGCAUUUGCUUUCUUCAUGGUCCGCGUGUUCUCUACAUACGUUGCAUUGAAGGUUGUAUUAUUCAGUGUUUCGAUCAGCCAGUGACGUAUAGAGUCGCAAGUUGUAGCUGUGUGAUAUAUACUUAAUGUGUUCGUAUGUCCGUAGGCAAUAACGUUUCUCGCAUACGCUCGGUUAGCAUCAUCGUCUUAGAGGGGGAAAUAAGUGUCGAUCAUGUUUCCAUGUGUACGUCAGUUGGUUCUCCGCUCCAUGCAACGAAAGUCGACCGCGACGUUCAAAUUCCACUCCAGCGCGACUCGACUCCAUCAAUGUACAGGACCUUUGACUCAAUUUACAGACGAUGAGCUGAUGACGAAGGAAGCAGUCGCCAAGCUGGCUAGAGAGGAGAUCGCACCGUUGGUGCGAAAGAUGGAGAAGGACGGCAAAAUAGACGACGGUCUGCUUGCGAAGUUCUUCGAGAACGGCCUGAUGGGCAUCGAGAUCCCGACCGAAUACGGCGGCACAGGAAGCAACUUCAUGAGCACAAUCUUGACGAUCGAAGAGAUCUCCAAGGUGGACGCGGCCAUGGCGAUCUCCAUCGACAUUCAAAAUACCUUAAUCAACUCGCUGAUCCUCAAGAUAGGCUCCGAGGAACAGAAACGGAAGUACCUGUCCGCCUUGGCGCAGAAUACAGUUGGCAGUUUCUGCCUGUCGGAAUCGCAAUCCGGGUCGGACGCCUUCGCGAUGAAGACACAAGCGCGGAAAGACGGUAGCGAGUAUGUGAUCAACGGCUCGAAGAUGUGGAUCUCCAACUCGGACAUCGCAGGAGUGUUUCUGCUGUUUGCCAACGCGAACCCCAGCGCCGGUUACCGCGGCAUCACGACCUUCCUCGUGGAGCGAGACACGCCGGGUUUGACUAUUGCCAAGCCCGAGGAUAAACUGGGUUUGCAGGCGUCAGGCACCUGCAUGCUUCACUUUGACAACGUCCGGAUACCGGAGGAAAAUUUACUGGGCGAGUUUGGUUGCGGAUACAAGUACGCAGCUGGAUUCCUGAACGAGGGUAGAAUCGGCAUCGCGGCGCAGAUGAUCGGUAUCGCGCAGGGAUGCUUGGACGCGACUAUACCAUAUACGCUGGAGAGGAAACAGUUCGGGCAGGAGAUCUUUUCUUUUCAAGCGCUGCAGCAUGAAGUCGCGCAGAUGGUGACAGACGUGGAGUGCGCUCGACUGAUGGUCUACAACGCGGCGAGACUUGUGGAGGCCAAAAAGGAUAUUAUGAAGGAAGCGUCCAUGGCAAAAUUGGUCGCGUCUGAGACCACGUGCCGUGUUACUGCCAAGUGCAUAGAUUUGAUGGGGGGAGUCGGUUUCACGAAGGACUUACCGCAGGAGAAGUAUUUCAGAGACUCGAAAGCCGGCACCAUUUAUGAGGGCACGAGCAAUAUACAGUUGUCGACGAUCGCGAAGUGCAUUCGCAAGGAAUAUUCUUGAUAAACGAGUACUGUGAUCGCGAAAAUUGGAAAUUCAUACGCGGUUUUAUGCAUAUGUAAUGUUGCUUCUUCUUUUUCUAUUAUAAGACUGAUACGAAUAUAAAAAGACGGAUAUUCCGUGAGAAUUUAUGUAUCAUAUAUGUAUAUUAUUUUAUGGAAUAUUGAUGAUUGUGAUUGUAUAUCGUGAUAACGAAAUACAUUUAUUAUGUAUUGACAGACUGAUUUUAUGAUAGCGGUUUUAAUUCAUAAUAAUCUUGUGUACUUUUCGAUUUCGGGAAAUGCGAAAUUCUACUGAAUGAAUAGAGAAUAUACAAGUAAUUUUAGUGACUCGUGUGCUUUUAAGAAGUGAUAAAUAUAAAAUUUCGUAUUAUUUUUAUGAGUACAUCGAUUAAUUUCUAAUCCCUGCUUUGUCAAUAAUUUUCUUGUUUUCGGAAAUUAGAAGAUUGUGAACAGAUCAUUGUUAUUGUGUAUGUGCGCACGUACACACAUGCAUACAUUUUUUGUAAAAAAUGUGUAGAUUUUGUACGCGAUUGACCGAUAACCCAAACUCUCAUAUUCGCUCGUUUAUCUGUUGAACGUGUAUUUCGUGAUCGCAUUUAUAUACUAUUGUCCGACGGCAUGUGUUGCAAAUAAUCACUAAAUAGUGAAUGAUAGAAUAUGGAUUUAUCUUGUAUAUCAUCAAAUUAUAAAAUAAAGAGAUAAUGUUUGAUGCGUGCGAUUAUCUAAGAA